AUAUUUCACAUUCUCCAGAAUGUUAAGUGACACUUUAACUGCUCACUGUGGUGGGGAAGGGGGCAGAGGUAGGUGAGCGCUCUUCCAGCCUAGAGCAGCCAGAUCAGCCCAGAAAGCGGCGACGGCCCAGGCCAGCACUCCCGCACAAAUCUCCGCAGACCGGCUGUUGGGGGAAAAAAGUGUUAGCCGUCUCUCCCGGAUCUGCAAGGGGGAAAAAAUUUGGAACCAUAAAGUUGAAAACUUUUUUCUCUCAGUUUGGAAGAAGCCGUUCGUCAUGAAUGGGAUCUGCGGAGCUCAGGCGAGAGGAGGCGAGAGGCGAAAAGGAGGGGAGAUUUCUCGCCUGCCGCUCGCGCUGGGGCUCGAUGUGAAUAUAUAUUAUGUCUGCCUGUUCUCCCCUCGUCGGUGGCUAAGGUCAGCCGCUUGGAACAGACCCGGGAGGAGGGGGGCAGAGAGGGGAAGGGGAGGGUCCGGCUUGUCAUGUGACCCCCAGGGGUGCCAAUGUCCGAUCCUGAGGGUAUCAGGCCCUUGCAAGUUGUCACCCACUGCCCGGGCCUCACCCAGCGAUGCAGAAAGCCACCUACUACGACAACGCCACGGCUGCGCUCUUCGGAGGCUACUCCUCGUACCCUGGUAGCAAUGGCUUCGGCUACGACGGUCCCCCCCAACCCCCUUUUCAGGCUGCCACGCACCUGGAGGGUGACUAUCAACGCUCAGCGUGCUCGCUGCAGUCCCUGGGCAACGCUGCCCCUCAUGCCAAGAGCAAGGAGCUCAAUGGCAGCUGCAUGAGGCCCGGCCUGGCCCCGGAUCCCCUGCCCGCCCCGCCCGGCUCACCCCCGCCCAGCGCCGCACCUACCAGUACCACUAGCAACAGCAAUAAUGGGGUCGGGCCCAGCAAAAGCGCUCCCCCCAAGUGUGGUCCUGGCUCCAACUCCACCCUCACCAAACAGAUAUUCCCUUGGAUGAAAGAGUCGAGGCAAACGUCCAAGCUGAAAAACAGCUCCCCCGGCACAGCAGAGGGCUGCGGCGGCGGCGGUGGUGGAGGAGGCAGUGGGGGCGGCAGCGGGGGCAGCGGCAGCAGCGGGGGAGGGGACAAGAGCCCCCCGGGGUCGGCGGCGUCCAAGCGGGCGCGGACGGCGUACACAAGUGCGCAGCUGGUGGAGCUGGAGAAGGAGUUCCACUUCAACCGCUACCUGUGCCGGCCUCGCCGCGUGGAGAUGGCCAACCUGCUGAACCUCAGCGAGCGGCAAAUCAAGAUCUGGUUCCAGAACCGGCGCAUGAAGUACAAGAAGGACCAGAAGGCCAAGGGGCUGGCCUCGUCGUCGGGGGGGCCCUCUCCAGCCGGCAGCCCCCCGCAACCCAUGCAAUCCACGGCGGGCUUCAUGAACGCCUUACAUUCCAUGACGCCCAGCUACGAGAGCCCGUCCCCGCCUGCCUUCGGCAAAGCCCACCAGAAUGCCUACGCGUUGCCCUCCAACUAUCAGCCCCCUCUCAAAGGCUGCGGCGCCCCCCAGAAAUACCCCCCGACCCCGGCGCCGGAUUAUGAGCCCCACGUCCUCCAAGCCAACGGGGGCGCCUACGGGACGCCCACUAUGCAGGGCAGCCCGGUGUACGUGGGCGGGGGCGGCUACGACGAUCCGCUGCCGCCCCCUGCCGGCCCCUCCCUCUAUGGCCUCAACCACCUUUCACAUCACCCUUCGGGGAAUCUGGACUACAAUGGGGCGCCCCCUAUGGCCGCCAGCCAGCACCACGGACCCUGCGAUCCCCAUCCCACCUACACGGAUCUCUCCUCUCACCAUGCGCCUCCUCCUCAGGGUAGAAUCCAAGAAGCGCCCAAAUUAACUCACCUGUGAUAGGAAAGGGAGGACGGACGGGCCAGGUCAAAGGCGAAGGGUAGAGGUGAGGAGGACUGCGGAGCUCUGGGAAGGCAGCCUGGAGUUCUGAAAGAUAGGCCAGGGAGGUGGUAGCCAGGCUUGCUGGAUAGUACGGGCCUGGGGCGCCUUCCCCUCCCCCUGGCCUGAGAGGUUGCUUUUAAAUCCUCUACCCUUAGUUCCAUCUGCCUGCCAACCCAUGAGAAAGGAAUCCACAGCAGAUUGGAGAUGACUCCAUCAACCCCAGGGCUCUAGCUCUAGCAGCUGGAAUUCCACGCAGGGCAGUGGGGUAGAGGAAAACGAAGUAGAAAAACAAGGCAGAGAAGCACAUUUUAAAAAACAGACAAGAUGGCUAGGCCAUCAUCAACCAACUUACUUUCUAUCUCUGCGGGUAAUUCUCCCAAAUUUUAAUUUUUUAGUCUCUCAAUUCUCCUUUAAAAAAAUAAGAAAACACAUUUCAAACCCAAGGGCACAAAGCACGUUCCCCUCUCACUUCCCUAAAACCUCAAAUUUCCUCCCAUCUAUGGGAAGUUUAUUGGAGUCCCUUCUCUAUUUCUAACCCUAUGUUUUUCCUGCUCUAGGACAUUAAUAUCUAUACCCCACUCCCAUCAAUUACAGUUGUUAGAGGGCUCAGGGAUGGUGAGAGAUCCUGAAAGUCAGAGCUGCCUAUAUCAUAAAUAUAUAUAUAUUUUUUUUUUCUUUUAAGGAAAAGUUUGGAGGCCAGAGCAGGCAAGUUGUUAGGACUGAAGGUUUGCCCAUUCUGCUGCCUCUGUCUCAGCUCCAGAUCCAUCCCCCUCUCUCCACAGAAAGCAGUCAGAGACAUAAGGUUCUACACUUUUCUUCUGUUGCUCUCUUGACUUAACGUGAAAACAGGGUAUAUUUGAACAAACUGUCUGUCCCAGGCAGGAGCUGCAGCUGGGCUUGUGUGCCUCGCUCAACCUCCUGACAGGACACUUUUGUUGCACUUAGAGUUUACAUUUUAAUGGAUAUAAAAACAACUGUGAGAGAUGCCUGGGCCUGCAGAAGUCCAGCAUCGCUCAAAAAGCGUGUGUUCUAGUGAACAUUUUCAUAUAUAUUUAUUGGUUAUAGCCUGUUAAAAUAUUUUCUUUUUGUAUUAUUUAUCCCCCCUACAUUAUGUAUUUAUAUGAGGGAAAAAGGAAAAAAAAUUGUACUUUUUUAGUAAUUACUUGUUACAAAAGACGUUGUGUUUCCUGUCAUGUAAAACCAGCUAUUUUAGUUAUUGUACUCUAGAAUAAAGAGCUGUAGAUUUAUGUUAAACUCGUACUUAUGAGCAAUUGUAAUUAGUUCUAAAAGGCAUGAACCUCAGCUCCUAAUCGUCACUGUAUAGUCCUGAAUUUGUAGAAUUAGAGUUAAUUCUCACUUGGAACUUUCUUUGUUCUUCUGUAGUUACUUUUUUUCUUUACCUAAAAGAGUUGUCUGUCAAACAAUUCUUGAAUAAAAUUUUCUGUUAUCAAUUUUA